AUGAAGGUUCUGAUUGUUUGUUUCGUUCUAAUUGCUAUUGUUCUUCUAUCAACAUCAGCUAAGGCUGAGAUUCCAACAUGUCUUCAGAAAAAGAUUGCUUCCAUUCUUGCCGGACCCGUAUUAAAUCCACCUGCUAGUAUUUCGAAAUAUUUAUAUCGUGGCAAAUUGGUCUAUCUAUGGAUUAGCAGCUGUUGUGACCAAUUCAAUCCUCUUUAUGACGGAGAAUGUAAUCGUAUUUGUGCUCCUUCAGGUGGUAAAACAGGUCGUGGUGAUGGUCAAUGCGCGGACUUUAGACAGACGGCAACAUUAUUGGAAAAUCUCUGGGUUGAUCCACGAUCACAUAGUAAAUAA